GAGGUGUCGCAACGGUCUGCGCGUUCGGAGUAAUCGGAGUUCGGAGCCAGUCGGGCUGGGUGGUCGGUAACGCGAGUGUGGUGCGUGCGCGCGCAAGUGACAGACGCGAGACAGCCAACGUGCGAAGAGCGUGCGUCGCGUCGUGUCGUGAGGGAGCAUCCGUGUUGUUAUGAUGUUCGCGUGAGUCGCGGUCAACGCGUCCAGGCAGUCAGCCAGUCAGCGGUGUCGAGUCUCAGGAACAUGGCGCGCGACUCCCGGCGCGCCGAUCCGCAACGCGUCGUCGACAGCGGCGGUGGAGGAGGUGGUGGCGGCGGCGGCGGCGGCGGCAACGGUGCAACGACGAGGUGCAAACUGCUGUUGGUCCUUCUGACGCUGUUGCUGGCGAUCAUCGUUCCUGCUGCACACGCCGAGAGUCAAGGUAUCGUAGCAAGAGAAAUAUUAAUCAAUAUUGUAACGGAAAGUAAUGCGGGCAAUACGAGUCAAGAACGGUCGACGGUGCGCAGUCCGUCCGCAGACUUUAGCAGACACACUCUCGUGAGACCGCGAGUGUACCACAGCAGGACGAAAAGGCAGAUCUCUUCAACCAAAGAAAAUGACCUCGAGCAUACGGAUGUGCUGACGGUUGCUUUCAAUGUAGACGGCGUUGAGCGUGUUCUCGACCUUCGACUGAACACCGAUUUAAUUCCAGUCGGCUAUCAGCAGCUCCACCAGCAUCGCGGCACGUACAAAGUGCACACCCCGUCGAAAGUUGAACUCUGUCAUUACCAAGGUAGCGUUCGAGAUGUUCCUGGCUCGUGGGUGGCGUUAUCCACUUGCAGAGGAUUGCGCGGUGUCAUCUUCGAUGGUGAGAACCUCCACCACAUCCAUCCGGAAGAUGAGAGCUUGGAUUCCGCGCAUUACCUUUACAAGCACAGCGAUCUCAUUGCCAAUAAUACGUGCGGUUACGAAGGCACGCCGCCUCACGACGUUCUCCCUCGUGAUCAUCGCGAGAUUAAAAGGUUCUCCAGGCACAAAAGAGCGGCUGAAAUUAUCCGUGGACCCUAUAACGCGAACAGACAAUCGCGUUACGUGGAGUUAGUACUUGUAAUCGACAAGAAGGAAUACACCGCGCUCGACGAGAACCUGGACAAAGUGCAUCAGCACUGUAAGGACAUCGCCAACAUUAUCAACGCUCUGUAUAUGCCGCUAAACAUAUUCAUCGCCCUGGUCGGCGUGCAAGUGUGGUCCGAAUCGGACGAGAUAACACUCUCGCCAAAUGGCGACACUACACUGUCGAAUUUCCUGCGUUACCGCAGGGAGAAGCUGGUUCAGGAUAUUCCUAAUGAUAACGCCCAGUUGUUGACACGAAUCACCUUCGAAGGCGGGGUAGUCGGCAAGGCUCUCAAGGGACCGAUAUGCACCUACGAGUUCUCCGGCGGUGUCUCCAUGGAUCACUCGAACGUUGUCGGCCUGGUCGCGGCCACUGUCGCCCACGAAAUGGGCCAUAAUUUUGGCAUGGAACACGACGGACCGGAUUGCGGUUGUCCCGAAGAGAAGUGCAUAAUGGCGUCGUCCAGCGGGUCAUCUGGACCAACGCAUUGGUCCACAUGUUCCUUGGAACAUCUAGCUCUAGCCUUCGAGCACGGUAUGGAUUAUUGCUUGAGGAACAAACCGCAGAAGCUUUUCGAUAGUCCUAUAUGCGGUAAUGGAUUCGUCGAGCCGGGCGAACAGUGCGAUUGCGGCCUGAAGGAGAAUUGCGACAAUCCAUGCUGCAACGUGACCACCUGUAUGCUGCACAGCAACGCGAGCUGCGCGACUGGCGAGUGCUGCGACCUGAAAACUUGCAGACCGAAGACCGCAGGCACGGAGUGCCGAAAUGCCGAGCACGAGUGCGACCUGCCGGAAUAUUGCACUGGUCAGAGCGAAUAUUGUCCGGCGGACGUGUUUAAAAUGGAUGGUGAGACCUGCAGUGUGGGCAAAGCCUUUUGCUAUCAGGGCUCAUGCAGGACUCACGACGAUCAAUGUAAAUUAUUGUGGGGUCCCACCGGUUGGUCCUCCGACACGCAGUGUUAUGAGAUGAAUAACAGGGGCACGAAAAAUGGUAACUGUGGUUACAAUCGUAUCGACUCAAGUUUCAUCAGAUGUAACGAUGAAAAUCUUCUCUGUGGCAUGCUACACUGCAAACAUUUGAACGAACGACUAGAAUUUGGUAUGGAAUCGGUGGCGACGUUAAGCCACUCGUUCAUCAAUAAUGGUGGGAAAAUAAUUCCAUGUCGUUCGGCCAUAGUCGAUCUCGGAUUGAGUCAAGUUGACCCUGGUCUCGCACCGGAUGGCGCCAAGUGUGCACCUGGGAAGAUGUGCGUUAAUCAGAAGUGUAUGUCAGUGGCGGAUCUGAGAGCUUCCGUGUCCGGUGGGAAAGCUUGUCCAAAUAACUGCAACGGUAACGGGGUGUGUAACAGCCUUGGCCACUGCCAUUGUAAUCGUGGUUUUCGACCACCCGACUGCCUUCAGCCUGGUGUUGGUGGUUCCGAAGAUAGCGGACCAGCCGAUGAUCCUAACGCGAGAAACGAUUUCAUAACUGCGCUUUACGUUAUCUUCCUGGGAGUGGUGCCCGCUGUAGCUUUGCUCCUAUUCGGUGUCUGGUACGUCAGGAAUUCCGGACAGCACUGGAAGAAGGAUGUGUCUACGACCGAUCGCGGCCACAAUGGAUUGCUAAUCAAAACGAUCGAUCGUUCCAACCCUAUGUCCCGUAACAUCGAAACGAUCGAUUCUAGUCUGAGUCAGGAUCCCGCGUGCGUGAGUUUGUUGCCUAAGGCAGAGACCGACGAACGCUACAACAACAACAUGUUUGGCCAAUUUAAAGGCUUCACGAUCACGCCGAUCCACUCGAACAAUCAGUCCAAACUGGUCGAGCCGACGAAACCGGCUCCACCUCCGCCGGGAUGGAUGCCAACUGUCGCGAUCAAGACAAACAUAGUUAAGCCGAACAUACAAAAGUGCAAUGUGCCACAAAGGAGCAAUCUGUUGAGCAAUUCUAAUGAUUCGAACUCGACCGCACCGACGUUGCCACCACUGAAUCCCGGUUCUACGUCACGACCAUUGAUCAGUAGUCCCGUACUGGCAGCUACAACUUGCACAUCCGUCGAAUUAGUGGGCAAGGUACCUACCAGACCUGCCCCGAAUGUACCUAUGCGUCCAGCCCCGCCACCGCCAACCACUUUUGAGCCUCCUGUGAAGCCGCAGAGACCUAACAGCACGCCUCUGACAAACGUGAUUCUGCCGGAACCCGAGAAGAAAUCAGAAAAAGGCAGCACUCUCAACCGAAUCGCGUCGAUGUUGCGUCCUGGCUCCGGUAUCCUGAGAAGCAACUUCCAGAGCAACUCACAGAAGGAUGACAAGAACACAAAUUCUUUGCCGAGGAGCCAGCAUCACAAGGUCAAUAAGGUCAUCGACAAGGAGAUAUUGAGGAAUCUCGAGAUCUCCAAUCCGAUACCACAGACGGAGAUCGAGAUCGCGACGCCGGUCAUUCCAGUGAUACCAGUGACCGACGUCGAGAAGAGAAAUGUGGUCAUGCGUGCUCAAUCAAUGAGAGACAGUAAAAUAACGCCGAGACCAUUCAUCCAUACGUUCGGUUCGAUGCGUCAGACGACGCCCGUCAAGAGGCCCACCAGUAUUCCCGCUAGCACGAGGCCUACGUCGCCGCCUCCAGGCCCGCCGAAUAUUGCGCAGACAGAAAAAGCAGCCGAGAGCGCGAUAAAGAUUCCAGGACUGCCGGGUUAUCAGAACCCACCGGUGAAAACUGUUCAGAAGCCGCUAGAGAACAUCUAUGAUGACUGCAUGAAUUUGAUCGCGGAAUCGUCUCUGACGAAGAUUACGGAGGAAUCGCCUACGAAUGAUAAUAUCUACGCGGUGAUAGAGGAAACUGUGCCAGAAAAGAAUAGGAAAAACGCGGAAUUGGAGCCAGCCGAUAAUGAGUAUAAACUGCCAAAACGCAUCGAAACGACUCCCGCCAGUUCGAACGGCUUGGAGUCGAUGGGCUUGUUGUCAGAGAUUGUAUCAGAGAUAUCGAAUCGUAAUUUUGAUUCCAUAUAUUCCACUUCGACACUAAGCAGGAAGAAGAAGGAGAAUAAUGGGGAAACUGCAAUGAAAGAUUCAGAAAAUACGGGCUCCAACAAUUCCUUGGGUAGCUACAUGAAUUCGAGCCAUUACAAAGUACCAGGUAGCAUUUAUUCAAACUCGACGUCCGGCAAAUUUAAUUCUUCAAGCUCCACCACCAGCUCCGGUUACCUUCAUCCAUCCGUGAUAAAUGUUCCGCAAGUAGAAAGAAAAGAGCCGAGUAAAAAUAUUUCGGACGCGAACGACAAUUUGAAAUCGAUCAGUAAAAAUAAUCCGAAUACCCUCGUAUCUAAUAAUCCUAAUGUAAACGACGAGCUGUCCAAGGAACUUGGCAUGAAGCCACCUGAGAAUUCUAUAGGGUUCAAAUCGUUCACUUCAACAAAGACUCGACCGUCUAAUUUGAUACAUAUCAAGAAGGACGACCAAACUGAGAACAAGGUUCCAGCUAAGCCACCGUUAAAUAGGACUAAGACACCUCCGAACAUUGCGAAGAGCCCGACUUCCAAAGAUGCGCCCGAGUCGAGUGUAAAACUCGCAAGACAAAGUUCAGAUAAUACGUUAAAAUCCUUGAAAUCCUCGAAAGCUUCCGACGCGAGUUUGACAACGGUCAGACAGAAUUCAGACGUGAGUCCAACCGCGAGACAAACGCAACUGAACGUAAACAGGUCGAAUAGCGACGUAGAUAAAGAAGAAUCACACACAACCGUGUCUCUCAAAAAUGUGCCUUGUAGUCCUAAGGAUAAUCCAGGAAAGUUCAAUAGCCCGGAUUUGGUCUCAAGCUGUUCGAAUUCGAAUCAGGGUGGAACGAAGUCGCCGGAUGUUGUGGGCAGCAAUCCCAAGUUCAGUCUCCCGCUGAAGACCAUUCAGAAGACACCGACACUGCCGAGGGGUGGCCAGAAGACGCCCACAACACCGUUGAAACCGUUCAGCGUUACAGGCAAAGCGGUCGGUCUCUCGGAAAGAAAAAAAUCUCCGACUGGCAACGCGAGUGUGUCUAAAUCGUUAUCGCCGUCUGCCAAGGAAGCGAACAACGGUGUUACCAAGCCAUCGAAUUUGACAUCGAAAGGGUCUGUUAAAACGGAAAUUAAGAGUGGAGACGGAGGUACGGCAACGAAGGCGAAUCCACUGCAAAAAAUGGCGAGCGGUAAAUCCAACGUAGCGUCGCUUCAGCAAAAAUUCGAGGCUAACAAGAACAGUUCUGGUGUCGUGAGGACUAUGCCGAGUGCGAAUGGUAAAAAAUCGGUGGUACGAACGACGGAAGUCGGCGGCGGCGGAGUGAGGAAAUGAGCGAUCAUCCGGAAGAGCGUGGCAGUCCGGUGCUAGGACGUGUUGGAUGGAAUCGAAAAAACAUUAGAAAAUCGUUGGCAAGGAAAAUCUAUACUUGAAACAUUCUAGUCCGUCACAUUGAAUCGUUCUCGGUGGAGAAUGCGUGGUAUAUUAUAAACGGGUAUACGCGUAUUCAUGGUAGAUGAGUACAUCGUAAGCGUACACGAGUAUAAAGGUAGACAACGCGUGAGAAGGCGAGAUAUAUCUCUGUAAUCUUUUAUUUAAGAAAUCUUAAACGGAAGUUUAAAAAAAAAUAGUACAAGGAUCGAGUCUUUUCCUCUAAGAUCCACAAAACGCUAAUUUUACAAGCAACUAUAUUUCUUGUCGGGAUAUUCAGAUAGGUGUGCGGCGGCGUUGCAUAAGAGAUACAAUAUUGAAAAUUGUAAAUAGUGCCCACACUUAAAAAUAUUUUUUGUAGAGACUAUCCAUUGCCCAUGUUCAGGCGUACCUUAUGUAAGUUAGUAAUUAUUGUAAUAUUUAUCUUAAGCGUUUUAUAAGCGACAUUGCGAGGUGUGUGAGCGACAGUUAUUUUCGGAAUCAUCGCUUGAAAACUGUAAGGGGCGUGUACGGAAUUAAUUGACUUCUGUGAUAUAUGUAUAAAGAAAUAUUGCACAGAAAUACUAUUAUGCCACAUUGUUACGGCUAGCAGAUUUUAGACGUGACCAAAUUAUUUUAUAUCAUACCACAUAAAUCGUACUGAUAAAAGCGCGCCGUUAAGUUUUUUAAAAAGCCAUCGGAAAUCGCAGUCAUAUCCGACGUAGCCCGUUAAUUAGGGGAGGAGGGUCCCAUUUCUUUCCAAAGAUUAAAUAUUUAUGAGAGAUCAAGAUACAAGAUUGUACCUUCGUGAUGCCGUGGGAGUCAAAAUGGAAAAAUGCCAUUAGUUAGGAGAGUCUAGAUGUUAGCGUAUGCUAGUAACAUAACACCGCUAAUUAAGGACAUAUCCCCUCGCCAGCAAGGCGGGCAAGAAAUCGCCAAAAUAUUUCGCCUCGGUCGCGCAGCAUCACGCAGCCUUUAUUUUCUCAUUAGCCUUUUGCAGAAAUCAGUAACAGAGGCUUGCUUCGUCUAGGACCGCUCUAGAUGCAAAGACUAAAACUAUUUAUUUGAAUGAUACCCGUGUAAAUAUAUUCGUAAGAUAUAGGCGUAUAGGGCUAAACUUAAGUUUUUUGUACGAUGUACCUUCGCGCCGAGUUAAAUAAGUUACAUUAGUAAGUUACCCCUUACACGCGCAUUAUACGUACGAUCAUGAGGAAGAGAAGCAGCUUCUUGAACGUCGAGUCUAUCGUUAAGCGUGAAAUUGAGGAAAGGUUUUAUUGAACUGACAAGGGUUGUAAGUCGAACUGCGUUCGUGCAUUUACUCUAUCCUUUCUCUUUUUCCCUUUCGCGCAGCGAAUUCCUCUGUACGAAUCCAGUCGACACUUUGAUUUGUAGCGUUAUCCAGUUUGUAAUAGUUCCUACGUGCGGAGCGUCCAGAAAUUAUCCCACCACAAGUUUUAAUGAAAAAAAGUUCAAUAAAGCUUUUUAAAUUACAUUUACUAUGCGUAUUUUGCAUUGCUUUUUCCGCUUGUUUCUUUACGCGCGAAACGUCGUGUGCGUUGCUUCGAUACGAGGACAAUCAGACGUUCUUUUAGCAUAGAGCGUACGAGAAGGAGACUUGUUUCAGCAAUUCCUGCUCGUUAUUAAUGAAUAAGUUAUUAGAUUAUUCGUAAGAGUAUUCUUUCAAAAGUAAAAGAGAAAAAUAAAAUAUUAAAUGUCACUGAAAUGUGUUGAAGAGAAACAAGUAUUGAAUACUAAUUGCACAAGUGGUUGCAUCCAUAGUGGUUGCAUCCAUUGCGACUAUGUAAUGCUUAUCUAUCAAUUGGCUCAAGUAUAACGCGCAACGCAGUCUACGAAGUCGCUAUACAGCACUUCGUCUUACACCGUCUGACAAAAAUGACAAACUUCAUUGACAAGCUCAUACUGUAUAUUUCGAUACCAAAGAUAAGUUAGCAUUUUAUCCACAACACUGCUGAGAUAAGCACUACAAUAAUGAAUUAAGAACUAGCCGUCGGUUUACGAUAAUUGUGUACAUUAAAAUUAAUAACGAUGUUACAAUAAAGUCUUUAUUCCAACUAAA